CCAACAAUGCACGACUGUUACUGGUUCUAUGAACCGGCUGAAUUAAAACUACACGGGCUAUUUGGGGUGCAAUCUUAAUGUGAGCCUCUUCGCUUCGGCCGGGUUCACCCGAGCGGAGUCGGUGUGGCAACCAUGCGCAGCGCAUUCCACACCAAUCCCGACGAACUUCACGCCAGUUUGGUCCCGACCACCACCGACGACGGACUGCUGCCGCUCGCUCCGGCAAAACUAUCGUACAAUAAAACAGAAACAAACUCGAAGUGUGUUAAAAGAUUCCGAAUUCGAAUCUUAAUUAAAUACAGUGUUUAUUAGUGAUGGGAUGUGACCAGUGCAUGGAUUACGACGACGUACGAUGACCGAAAGUUUAAGUUGGACGACCGAAAAAAGUUGUGGUCCUGUUGAGCACAAAAAAUGCUCGUAGUGAUGUGAUGGCCUGAUGGGAUCGCAGUGUGGCCGAAAUUGUGUAGUUAGUGAUGUGAACUGUGAUAAAAAAUUUCGACAAUCACGUAGAUGAUUGUCUGUGCGUGUGAUAUAUUUAGUUUAUUAGUUACCAAAGAAUCCUGAUGAUCUUGUACAUUAGCCUGUGUUUCAUAUUGAUAGUUUUAGCGGACCCGUUGCCAGGCAAGCACGUGCCGCUGGAGAGCUAUGAGAGCGAACUUGAGCGCGAGCACGCGCUCCCCACAUCCGUGCCAAAUGCGGACAUACUCAAGACCAACAGCAACCCCACCUAUCACAAGCCUAGACCGCCACAGAACUACGGCGCGGCGGUGCUGGCGCGGGUGGGCGACGGCGCGGUGCCCUCCUACGCGCCCCCUAACCGCGCCUUCUUCACACCCCCGCUGCCCCCUGAGUACAGGAACCCGUUUGCUGACAAGCCUACACUUAGAGGCACGAACACAGACGGGAACAACUACCUUAACCGGAGGCCUAUCCCCCCUCCAUCUCUCGGGCCAGGCCACGAGAGGAUACCCAUCAGGCCUCCAGGACAGGAGACCUCGUCGCCUCAAGUACCAGCACCCCCGCCCGCGCCGCCCCUCCCGCCGGCCGGCAUCGAGCCGCAGAAGAAAAAACCACUCAACACCCCUAGCCAUAAGCCUGAAGAACUAGACAGCGACAUAAAACAUGGCUCGGACCAGGCCAACUUCACAGACUUCGUGCCAAACUCGCUCAACAUCCCCACCAUCUCCCGCAUCCUCUCCGGCUCCAACGGGCGCAAGGAAGACAUCCCCGACGUCCUCCUCAGGACAGUCACCGCCAAACCUCAACACACUGAGAAAACCUCCAAGAGUGACAUCUACGUUACCAAGGAAGGUGUCACCCUCAGCGACGCCAACAGAGACAGCUCCACUGAAGGAUCAGUCCUUGCCGUCUUAGACCCCGAAAUGAACAACCUAGAUAGACCUCUAAUUGUCGACCAAAAUGGAGAGACGAAUACUAGAAGAAACCUCCAAUACUCGACUAAUAAAGAUAGAAACGAGAGCAGAAACGACGAAUUCACACCAGCGACGACUGUGCAUUUCGAUCUCAAAGAUCCAGAAAUGUCCACGGAAAGAUACCAUAAUCUAGCCAACGUCAAUUUGGAUAAGAAGAAUCUGAAGCAGGACUCCAAGAAUGGACCAGUGCAGAGAGCAGGAGUCACCUGGCCUUUCGCCUGGAACGUACAUAUUUAUUUAGCGACAGUUAUUUUUACAAUCCUAGCCGUAUUCUCUAUAUUUAAGAUCAUAUGCUAUAAUAAGUUCACACACCUCUUUACCCAAUACUACUUUAUUAUACUACACUUAAUCUUAGUGUUUGUAUGUCUAAUGAGGAUAUUCUACAUGUGCUACGAUCCAUAUAAUAUCAACAAUUCGUUGCCAGUUUUUCUUAGUGAGAUCCUGCUACAUGUCCCAGAUAUAUUCCUUAGCAUUGCUUUCUCAUGCACCAUCCUGUUCCUAUUAACCAAUAGCAUCAACUUCAAGAACACUUGCUGUUCUUUCCUGUUCCGUUCGAGAACAAUCAUCAUCGGGGGUGGUCUACAUCUCCUCUCGUGUCUGAUGUUGCAUAUCUUUGAAAAUAGUAAUACAAUUUAUAGGACUCCGCAGGGAGUAGAAAAAAGGGUAUUAGGUCUAACUUGUCAAAUAAUAUUUAUCAUGGCAUGCUUGACUCUAGGUCUGUGCUAUCUCUAUGUAUAUAAAAUGCUCAAGUCGAUUCUUCAAAAGAAAAGCCACACGUAUAUACACGGCUUCCAGAAUUUAUACCAGGCCAUUCAUAUUAAUCUGGCGACGGCAUUGCUGUUCGUUCUAAUGGCCACACUUCAAAUAUACGGUAUCUUUGGAAUAAGUCAAGUCAAUAUGACGAAAUUCAACUGGCUUCAGUGGGGCUACCAAUUCUCCUUACGUCUUAUCGAGAUUUGCAUUGUAGCCCUUAUCUCCUGGGUCAUAAGUCUCAAAGUCGGUAUCGUGGCUUCUCUACAGCAUGAGAAGGCUGACGGGCAGAAAAUAUCUGGUUUAGGCUUGUUCCCUUGCACGGCUGGGUCUAGCAACGAGCAGUUCGAAUCAGAUUAUCCCGCCAUUUGUAACACCAAUACUAAUCUGCAUACGUAUACUUUAAGAACUGGCAAGCCGAUCUAUGAAUCAGCCGGCCAUCAUCCGAACCUGCCCGAUCCUUGCUGCGGGGGACCAGCAAUAGAACACCCGAGGUUUUUGAACACUAUUGGGCCCGCUUGCGACAACAAUUCUGGAACUGAAAACUAUUCUGGACACAGUUCCAUAGCCAACGCUGGCCAUAGUAGCUCAACGGAAUCCAGCAACGCUACAUCCAGCCAAGGUGUGACCAAUCAUUUGAUCAAACACCAUCCAAACAUGGCUGGUUACAACGGCGUAGAAUCCGCUUCCGAUGACCACUAUUCCAACUGCGACCCCGCCAUCCAAUCCUUACAAGGAGAUGACCCAUUAGACCACGAAUAUAAUGUCAUACAGUACGGCAGCAACAGCGACUUUAUUCGUGACAUCAAAAACCAGAACUACAACGGUGGUUCAAACAGAAGUUCGCACAACUUCAAACACAUGUCGUACGAUAGGGUAUCCUCUAGAACGAACAGCAAUCCUCGAAAGAAGCAUAGAGCGAAGAACAAAAACGUCCAGAACUGUAUGACUAUGGGUUACGACGCAUCGAUAGGGCAUCAUUACCAUCAGCCCCAUAUGCCUGAUGAAUACGGGAAUUAUAACACGGAGAACGCGUCCUACCACGCCUCGGGCAUCCAAACCCUUAACCCUAACAGGAGUUACGGGGACGGUUGCCAAAGGAGUUCCCAACGACGGAAUUCGCCGUCUACUUCCGCCGCUAACUGCAGCGGGAGUCAGAAGAGAGGGAAGAACAAUGGAUUCCCUGAUAGGCCUAAGUCCACAGACUUGUACGGAUUUUCCGAAGACCCUAACGAGAGGAGCUACCCAUGCGCGUUAGCUCCUCAACCGGCUCCGAGGAACUGCGGGUAUGAAGCCUCAUACUCCCAGCCUCAGGACGAGGUGACCCCUAACGAAGCUGAGGGGAACAGUAUGCUGGUCGCGCAGGACGGCUUCGUGAGGUUCCGGCCUUUGGAAGACGGCCCCUCGCAAACUUGAUUCACCAUAAAUCUGCCGCUGGCAGAGAACCUUAGCUUCUGAAGAAUAAAGGCUGAUUUUGAACGCUCUUUUUUUUCUGAGCUGCCGAGCCUCGAGUCUAUGACUCUCCGAUCAUGUAAAUUGUAAAUGAUUUAGGUUUAAUGCAAUAUUUAAGUAUCAUUAACGGCCUCAUGUACAUACGCGUUUUUUUAAGUUUACGGCCUUUUUAUAAGAAAUCGUGAUUUUUUUAUGACCCUGUGACGAACUAGCGAUAGUUUUACUAUUUUUGCAUUUAUCUUGAUGAGGAAAAGUCUUGAGAAAAUUUACUUUUCCUGCAAGUAUAAAUGAAAACAGCGUUAUUUUAUUGAAGUUUUGCCAGCAGCCUAAUUGCAAAAUGAUUUCAAAACGAAAUUUUUCGAUACAUAAAAAAAAUCUAAAUAUUUUUAUGACCCCGUUCGUGUAUACCUCGCAAGGUUAGGGGCAAUUGAAAUAUCAAAAACAUAUUGCAAUUUAACGACUUUUUAGAAUCAGCUGACAUUUUGGGAUAUUUUAUAUAUCCUUGGAUCGACUGAAAAUUCAGUAACAGUGACCGCUUGGAUUUGCCAUUUGUUAUAGGUUUAGCGCCAUAAUGGUAUGAGUAUAAUACCCACUUAGUUGUAAGUUAACGACAAUUUUAACUAUAUGUGAUAUCGUUAUAAAAAUUUUGUUUCAAACAAAUCUGUCCAUAGAUAAGGAAUCCAGGUGACAUAUUUAAUGUUAAAAAACAUUUAUAUGUGACGUUCCACAGGUAAAGGAACCUUACAGCUGUUACCGCUUACGGCGCGUUAGUAUUGGAAUGUCGUAGCCGACCGCAAUAAGGUACCAGUACCCGUGGAACGUUACAUAUGUUGGCUGGUAUAAUCGUGUCCAUAUUUGCAGUCCAAGUAAUUUAAUCAUGAAUAAAUUUUAUAAAUAUUAUGUUUUGUUAUAUCCGUUAAAUUAUGUUCAAUUUAAUCAAUUAAUUACAAAUAUUUUUUCAAUCAUCCUACAAAGUUCAGAAUGUUUUAUUCAAUUUAUGGAUUAAAAUAUUAUGUGAAUAAUUUGUGUCUAAAUACCAAUUGUAGAGCCGUAUCAUUAUCUGAAUGUCCUAUAAAAGUGUUACCACUUUAGUAUCUUCGUAUAUUUAGAUCCACGGCAAAUAGAAAAAAUGUUUUUUGUGAAAUAGCAUUUUGACUAGUCAGCACGACAGAACUACCAUUAUGAUAUGCUGCCAUUUUUAAUCACACCUAUAUUCGAUACGCACCAAAUUAUAUGACGAUUGUAUUGAUAUUCGCUAUGCGCGUUGUUUAAACUUAUAUAUGCUCAAUUUGACAUAUAUAUAUUAACUGUCAAAUUACUAAAUGUUACAUGAGUAAUGUAGCUCAUAGCCGCCAGGCGGCGCCACAAUCGUACACAUGGCGAACUAAAUGUGUAUAAUUUAAAAGAAAUAUAAUUGCAGUAUAAUACAGUGUGUUUCGAAUAUAGGAACUGUUUAGGAUACCAGAAUAUAUAAGUUGAUACACGAACACAAAAGUAUAUGUAGAUUUGUUAUCUACAAUAAAUGUAUGUUGAACAUAAAUAUUAUACAAUUAACUUGAUGUUGGCACUAUAAAUAGAUAGGUAAAAUUAAAAUAAUUGUAAAAAUUAGAAAAAUACUAAAGAAUAUUUAUAAUCGGUACCAUCAUUCUACGUUUCGUGGUGUUCGUAUGUGGCGAUACUUAACCGUGCUCAUAUAAUAUAAUUCCUAUGUAUAUAGAUCUUAAAUAAGUAUAACAGAGGGAAUAUUUCAGUCAGUUACUUGACUUGGUAAAUUAAAUCGGUGCCCUAAAAUAAGUAUUCACUUUUCUAUACAGCUAGUAUGGCGACGAUGGGUACAUAUCCUUCUAAAGCUCACACAAAAUUAUUGUCAGUUGAAGUUGAAAUCAAGGGAAAUAUGGUCGAAUUUCUUUUGAUUUGUAAUCGAACGAAACAAAAGAAAUGCAACCCUGUUGCAAUUGAAAAUGGUUCCAACUUCAAUGAAGCAAUUAGUACUACUAAUAGGACCGUGGGCUAUACGAGGUUAAGUUGGGGUACUUACUGUACAAGCGUCAAAUCAUGUACACAUCCAAGCAGUAUGAAUCAAAUUAAUAUUUUAAAACAAUACCAAAUCCACACAAUAAUUCUACAUAGCAAAAAUUACUAAAUAUUUAGUCCAAAAAUCCAGAAUGUCAAAAUAAGUUGCAGAUAAUAUUCGAAAACUUAGAAAAUUGGCUUAGACAUUUGGAAUUUUUACAAAAAUUCGAGGGAGUAUCCAUUUUGUGCAUUCAAAGUGUGGAAAAUUAGCAAUUUUGGAAACUUUGUUGUCAAAUCUGUCGUUCAAAUUAGAUCAAAUCAAGUUCCAAUCCUUCACAGUCGCUCCACAGUUAGGUAUACCUAAUACCAAAUGUCACGGCCCGAUUCCACUUGAGACCUUCAUUAGGCGUAAACAAUACGAGUAGUGACAACAAAAGAUACCUUUUUUGCGGCGUACAAAACCCGAAAAAGAUACCCGACUUUACUUCACUGCAGGUAAUACCACCGGACAAGGACAAGUGGCGUACUGGAAGAGAGGCCUAUGCUCAGCAGUGGCCGAUAAAGUGCUGAUAUGAUGAUGAUAAUGAUGAAUACCACCACAUACUAACUGAAGAGCAGAGCUUGUAAAGCAAUUAUUAAACAAUAGACCAAUAUUAUGGUUCUCUCGAAGUGGAAUCACGCCAUGGCAUUUGAAAUUAGGUAAUAACUGCGGUGGAUGCGCCUUGACUGUGUAUUUGUGAUUUUGAUGCUUGUUCAAGUAAGCUGACUAAAUAAUUCUUUUGUGCAAGUAUGGUGUGGCUACACGCCUGCCGCGAAUGCCACUAAUUUUAUUAUUUUUAUCUUAACCCAUAUAUGCCCAUUGGGUCGUUUUCGACCCAAUGAAUAAAACAAGCUCCUACACGUUACAAUUAGUAGGGGAGUGAACCUACAACCUUAAAGAAUGUGGGUCGAAAACCACCCAAUGGGCAUAUAUGGGUUAAGCCUGUAAAUAUUACGGGAUACUAUAAAGUACCCUUUACGGAACCGUCGCGUUCAAUUUGUUGUAAAUUUCUAUAUUUUUUUUUAAAUAUUUCCAAGACUGUACUUUAUCAUUUAACAAAAUGACAACUGACAUAUUACUAUGUAUAAAUAAAUAAAAACGGUAUUGCA